UAGAAACAGCUGAGGUAAAAACUGAUAUCAAAUCAAAUAAGGAGAUGCCAACCACUAGCCAGCAAGAGACGCCACCAAAGCAGCAAGUAGUACCCUCCCAAGCUGAGAAAUCGAACCCGGUACAACCACGCCAUCCAAGUGUGGUUAUAUCCAGUAACUUAAAUGCUGCCAAAUGGAUGAACGGGUGUACCAAAGAUGAUUACCAAUCAAUUAUAGAUAUUAGCGAGAUAACUGUAUCAGAGUCUUUAGAGAAAGCCACUUUAGCUGUCGCUACCUCUAAUGCCUUCAACACGAAUUUGAGUGCGAAUCCGGAACCAGCUGUUAAUUGUAUGAGUACAAAGCCUCUAGGUGAUAUAUCGGCUGUUAAUGUGGCGGAUGUAUUGCCUAAAUCUGAAGGAAAUGAACAAAAUACACAACCCACGAACGAAAGGCAAGGAGCUAACGAAGACGAACAAAGAGAAUCUGCUCUCCAAGUCCGGCCUCAAACCUGCGAUGCAGGUAUAAAUGUAAAAUUACCCCUUCUUAUUGAACGAAGAUCAGCUACUGUUCACACAUCUCGUCAUAUUCUAAAUAAGCCGAAGAUAUGUCACGCAGAAACCGCAGAUUGUCUAUACGUAUACGAUCGCGCCCGCUGCGUUGUUCAUAGUCAGCGAACCGACACGGGUGUCCAAAUUAAGUCCACACAUUCGAGAUUUGGGCAGGAAAAUAAAGUAAAACCGUGGCAAGAUAAUCGUACAGUGGGCUUAGUGACGUCAGUAUUAAAACCACAUUGUAGCCACAAAUACACCAGCGGUUUACUUGGCGAAGUUUUGACUCCCCAAGUGUACAAGACGCUGUACGAAACGUCGAGAUUAAUUGCCAAAGAGCGUUCUUUGUCGAAGGAAAUUGGAAUUGUUGAGAAUAAAGCAGAACGUUCUGUGCAAGUUCUAAGGGAUGAUUGGAGUUGUGUGAUCUGCCCAUAUUGUGCUAAGAAAUUUACAGCCCACGAGUGUGGGAAUUUAGAUGUAAAUAAUGAAUGGUUGGAAGCGGAGCUGGCAACAUGUUGCCGUAACCAUAGCAACUACCUAAUAAAGAAUAUCACUCGUAUGAAGGAUAACAUUAAAAAACAUCUACCAAUAAACCGGGCAGAACGGGACUUCGUCGAAGCGUGCACAAUGAAGCCAAGCGGGCGCCACGACAAGAAUUGUCAAGCAAAAUUCGCCCCAGAAUAUCUCUGCCAAAAUUGUAUUUUACCGCCGACAGCCAGCGCCACGGAUAUACGAGGAGAGGAAAGCCAUGAUUUGCGAACUGUUUACUAUUUUCUUGGCGCCAUCGAAGGGAGAGUACGCAGAUUGAAACAAAAUUUGCAGUCUUAGUUCAAUAGUUUUCCACUAGGUGGCGCUUAACAAUAAUUCUAAUAUAUCAAAAUUUGUAAUCGUAGUUCUGUGUUUUUAGCUAGUUAG